AUGAGUCUGCUGAGGCCCAGCGGGCUGAAGGCCCCCACCAAGAUCCUCAAGCAUGGGAGCUGGGCCCUGAAGGCGCCCUCAGCCACGGCUGCUCCCGUUGAGAAGUCCGUGCCUGGGGAGAAAACCCCCAGCGCCCCCUCCUCGGAGACGCAGGAGGAGUUUGUGGACGACUUCCAGGUCGGGGAACGAGUCUGGGUGAAGGGGAACAAGCCUGGAUUCAUCCAGUUCCUCGGGGAGACCCAGUUUGCCCCUGGUCAGUGGGCCGGGAUCGUCUUGGACGAGCCCAUCGGCAAGAACGACGGCUCGGUGGCGGGUGUGCGCUACUUCCAGUGCGAGCCGCUGAAGGGCAUCUUCACCCGGCCGUCCAAGCUGAGCAGGAGCUGGCAGGCCGACGAUGAGACCAACGGCCUGCAGCCAGCGCCUGCUGCCCGGGUCACACCGCCCCUGUCGGCCUCCCCGGCCCCUGCCGCCGCCCCGAAGGCACCCCAGCCCUCCACAAAGGAGGCACCAGCCGCCCCUCACAUCAGCAACCUGACCAGGACGGCCAGCGAGUCCAUCUCCAACCUCUCGGAGGCUGGCUCCCUCAAGAACGGGGAGCAGGAGCUGAAGCUCGGGGACCAGGUGCUGGUGGGAGGCGUGAAGGCCGGUGUGGUGCGCUUUCUCGGGGAGACGAACUUCGCUAAGGGGGAUUGGUGUGGUGUGGAGCUGGACAAGCCGCUGGGCAAGAACGAUGGCGCCGUGGCCGGAACGAGGUACUUCCAGUGUCAGCCCAAGUACGGCUUGUUUGUUCGCAUUCACAAAGUCACCAAGAUCGGCUUCCCCUCCACGACGCCGGCCAAGGCCAAGGCGGCCCCCGUGAGGCGUGUGAUGGCCACCACCCCCGCCAGCCUGAAGCGCCGCCCGUCGGCCUCCUCGCUCAGCUCCGUGAGCUCCGUGGCCUCAUCCAUGAGCAGCAGGCUCAGCCGCGUGGGACUAUUGCCAGAAACCUCCUCUCGCUAUGCCUGCAAGAUCUCCAGCACCACCGCCCUCCAAGAGGCACUGAAGGAGAAGCAGCAGCACAUUCAGCAGCUGCUGGCCCAGCGGGACCUGGAGAGGGUGGAGGUGGCCAAGGCCACGAGCCAUGUGGGGGUGAUAGAGCAGGAGCUGGCCCGCCGGGACAGGCACGACCAGCACGUCCUGGAGCUAGGGGCCAAGAUGGACAAGCAGCGGGCCAUGCUGGAAGCGAGCGACCGGGAGAAGGUGGAGCUGCUGAACCAGCUGGAGGAGGAGAAGAGGAAAGUGGAGGACCUCCAGUUCCGAGUCGAAGAGGAGUCCAUCACCAAAGGCGACCUGCAGAAGGAGGUGAAGGCCCUGCAGGCGGCCUCCGAGAAGCUCGCCAAGGAGAACGAGGGGCUGAGAACCAAGCUGGACCAUGCCAACGAGGAGAACACGGACGUGAUCGCCCCGUGGAAGUCCAAGCUGGAGACGGCCAUCGCCCCGCACCAACAGGCCAUGGGUGAGCCGAAGGCGUCCGUGAGCCGGGGCGUGGGCGCCGAGGCGGCCGAGCUGGCCGAGCUCAAGAUGCAGAUGGAGAGGCUGCAGUUCGAGUACCAGCAGGAGGUGGAGAACUUGAAGGCCCAGCAGGUGGCUGAGCGUGCAGCGCACGCCUUUGAGCUGCAGACGCUCAGGUCGCGGCUGGACAGGACGGCCCAGGAGCAGAAGAACAGCCUGGAGGCCGCGCGGGCCAAGCUGGACCAGACCGAGGACCAGCACCUGGUGGAGAUGGAGGACGCCCUGAACAAGCUGCAGGAGGCGGAGAUGAAGGUAACGCACCUGGAGGAGUUGUGGGCCAUGUGUAGUCAGCAAGCCCAGGCCCUGGCCGAUGCCACGGCACAGCUGGAGGCCACUCAGCAGAAGUUCUUGCAGCUCGAUGGACUCCAGAAGGCCAGUUGAGGUAAAUUGGGAAUGGAGAAGCUCAGGCGGCAGCUCCAGGUGGCUGAGCGGCAGAUUCAGGAGUUAGAGAAUGCAGAGCGGGCCGAGAGUGGCAGGUUGGCCGAGAGCCUGGCCGAGGAGCUGCAGGGGAAGGAGCUAGCGCUUCGUCGUCUUCAGGAGAACUUGAACGAAGUCAGUCGAGUGAAGGAGGCUUUGGAGAAAGAGGUGGACGUGAGCCGCAGCCAGUCCCAGGCUCUGCAGGCCGAGCACGCCAAGUCCACCACGGAGAGCCAGGCGCAGCACGAGGAGGCGCUGCAGGCCCUGCAGAAGCUGCUGCUGCAGGCGGAGGAGAAGCUGCAGGCGGUGCAGGCGGAGAACGGGAGCCUGCUGCGGGAGGUGGCCGAGCUGAAGACGCAAGCCGACGAGGCCAAGGCUGUGCAGACAGCGGAAGAUGCCAGGCAUUUUAUGCAGCAACUGUCCCAGGAGAAGACAGAGACCCUGGCCUCCCUGGAGGACACCAGGAACACCAAUGCAAACUUGCAGAAUGAGAUUGAUUUCCUGAAUUCCGUGAUUGUGGACCUCCAGAGAAGGAAUCAGGACCUCAAGAUGAAAGUGGAGAUGAUAUCCGAGGUGGCUCUCGACGGGAACGAAUCAACAAUUACGACAACAACUUCGGCCCGGCCACCCCAUUCUCUGCACUGUGCAGAAAUCACCAAGGCCAUUGAAAAAGAAUCCGAGUUCAUAAGAGACUCCGAUGAAGAGAAAGCUUCCCUGCAGAAAUCCAUCAGUAUUACCAGUUCUUUUCUCACGGAGAAGGACACAAAGCUGGAGAAGCUGAGAAAAGAGGUCUCCUUGCUCAGGGGAGAAAAUGCCUCCGCCAAGUCCUUGCAUUCAGUUGUUCAGUCCCUGGAAUCUGACAAGGUGAAGCUGGAGCUCAAGGUCAAAAUCUUGGAGCUUCAACUCAAAGACAACAAAAGGCAGCUCCAGAGCUGGGCAGGUAAUUCUGAUUCUCAAGCAGAUGAGGACGAAAGGGCCCAGGAGAAUCAGGUAAUAUUUCUUUGCUGUGUUGCUUCCAUGACGGUUAACCUGUACGUGCUGCGCAAGUUCCUGCAUAAGUGCGCGGGCAGCAAGCUGAGUGCCGGGGCGGCAGCAGCCUCUGGGGCCGGGGGUGCCCCCCACUGCCUGUUCCUCCACGGUUAG